AUGACGGAAUCCUUCAUGAAGCUCAAAAUGCCGAGAGCUUCGGUCGCUCGGUCUCGUCAGGGUAGCGUGCGACGGCAACGGUCUACCCGCUUUGCCAUGCAACGUGGACCGUGCCCACGCAAAAAACACGAGGUCGACCACGCCGACAUAAACUGCGUGAGGCCGUCCGCGUCGGCAGAAACAUCGCGAGGGGUCGCAAGGUCCAGAAUGCAUGCGGCGUAUGGCCGCUGGCCGCUCAAUGCUGCAAUACCCGACACUUGCAUUCGCUAUCACGGCGGCGGCGGCACGGUGCCGUCGUUAGUACUCGGGUGGCAUGACAUGCCGCUGACGAUGCAAGCAGCCUUCUUGUCUGUCGGCGUAGACCUAGUCGAGUUUCGGCGCUUAAGCGAACAGGACUGGUGCCGCGAAUGGGAAUGUUGGCAGGAUGUUAAUCCGGACAUGAGUGAUGCCGAAGUUAUCGCAUGGAUGGAACAUUUCCUGCGUCUUGCCACUCAAGACGAAGCGAAUACAGUCGGGGGCAUGAGCAACGAGCAACGCCUAGCCAUGCUCGCUGAUGACAAUUGGCAACUGUGCCAUGCCAGCAGCGACGGCAACAAUUGCUUGAUUGACUCGUUGACGAUUGCGUUGGCAGGCUUGGGUUUUGUGCCUAGAAAAUUAGUCGACGACCCCGAUGCUAGGUUGGCGGGCUGUAGGUAUUGCCGCCAGCAGCUUCUGCAAUCGCGCAACCCAGCGUUGCGACCGCGGUGGCGCGGCGCUUCUGGGGAAGUGCAAAACCUCUCGGAGGGCGAGCACGCCAAUGCUUAUCUUCAACCGGAAAUUCACGGUCCUGCCGUGCUAACACAUCUGCUAAGUUUCUACGGAAACUUGGAGGCCAACACGUCCAACCAAUUUGCAAUCCUGACAUACACUAGGUUCGAUGGCCCUGUCAUUGAUCCCUACGAAGCAGCUGUCAUUGUGCGUGCUCCGGAGUGCACCCAAGCCCAACCUCCAAUGAUUCAGCUCAGACUUUUCAAUCAUAUGGAUGCUCGUGGAGACGGCUAUCACUUCGAUGCGUUGGUUGCGCGAUCGAACCUAACACUGCCAGGCAGCGAUUCACAAAACUCGGAGCCAGACCCUAGUGCGGAAACCGUAUCGUCGCCGGAGCAGGCAGUGGUGCAGGAAACAGGAACAGGCGCAGUGUCGUGCGAGGCUGCAGGUCGGUAUCCCAAGCCGCAAGGCUGCCGAUCGCCAGUGAUUGCGUCUGCUAGCCAAGUUACCACCGCUGGCGUGAGUCUGGCAGAAUUGCAGCACAUGCUGCAGGAUUUUUUUCAUGCGCGAGGCAGCUCGCUUACAAUCACAUCACGCGACGCAGCAGAUGUCGAGGCUGUGUGGCCUCAUAGUAAACAGUUGGGAAACGUGCUGCUGACUAAGCUGCAAGCAACUCUGUACAACUCGGAUUCACAACCGCAUGCUGCCGAAAAACUCGCAGCGGCGUGUCGACGCUAUAUUUUUGUGCGCACCCAGGGGCCAGGCCGCAGGUUAGGAACGCGCAGUGCGCAAGAAACCGAAAACCAUCCAAACAGACAUGAGCAUGUUGCUCCGCUGCCUCCGACGGCGCAUGACUCGGCCACCAACACACAUGCACCUUCUGGACCGACAAGAUCGCGAACGAAAACUGCAUUGCCCUCGAAACGCUUGAGACCACUAAACGACACUAGCCAGGCUAUUCAGGUGCAAGCCGGUCGAACAAGCUCCGCCGGGGCUGCGGGGAAACGUCAAAGCACUGCUCUUGGCGACGUCACAGACGAGCGCCGUGGAACAAAACGUAAGCCUGACUGCCAGACUCAAGACCAACCUGUGGCUGUGCCGCUGGACCACCAGGCCAAGCGCAGACGGUAUAGCUGCAAAUCCACUCCACGUCCAAUAGAUCGCCAACAAACGAGCAGUGCCGCAGACGAGGAUCUAGAGGAAGACCAAUUUGUGCUGGCCGUGCAAGCGGCCGACGCCACGCGCGACCCACGUGCAGCCGUGGACGUCGUUGUUGGCAAAGUGGUGAAACGAUUCGCCAAGCACGUGACGCUGCCUGGCGCUGCUCAGCACUGUGCACAGACCGAUGCAGCCUACCGGCUGCCGGAUGCUCAUUGCGCCUUCGUUGGUUGCACUUGGACGGGCGCAGGGGACACAGAUUUAGCCGAGCACGUACGUCUAGCGCAUGCCGAUGAUUUACAGGAGUUGGCUGACAAACUACAGGUUUUGCGUGCAGUUGCUACACCUUCAACAAGAAAUGCAGACCAGCGUAUGGCCGCGAGGGAACAGCAGGCGCUAUACGACGCGUACCGCUUCGCUGUCAGUGUGGAUUGCCAAUCCAAGGCUCCGUUGGCGUGCACCAGUCUAGACCGUCGCUGUCUGCGGCAGGCGGUAGACUCCUUAGAACAAGCGCCACCUGAGACACGCAUAUGCAUGCUUUGCGCACAAAGGUUUCCGUUUGUAAAGGGCAGCAACGCAGACAUUCGUUUCAGUCAAGAACUGCAACCCACCGAAACCGGCGAAGUGCGCUUUCUGGGUCAAUCGCCGGCAGCGACGGCAGCAACCUUGGGGCGAGCUGUUUUUGUGGGUCGCUACGUGGAGGAAAUAGCAGGUACCCGCAGGGACAGCAUGUUGCGGGAUUUGCAGGAUUGGGUUUGCACGUUGACAUUUCCUGAGUCGACUGUUGAGAUAGUUUGCUGCCCUGAGGAUAAACAAUGUCGGGCAGGGUGCACAUUAGACACAGCCUGCAAGGAAUGUUGGAUGCCCGUUUGUCGCCAUUGCCGCGCAGCGGUGGGAGCCGGCGAGCUGCCCAAACAGGCACUAGCGAAUGACUUGGUCGUGUACUACGCUCCAAGGGAACUCUAUGAGGAGCGAGUUACGAUGAUGGAACUGGUGUGUGCCAGCCCUUGCAUGACCAGCCUGAUUUGUUUCAGUCUGGAAAAGAAAUACCGUGACCGUCGUACAUUGGACGAGCGAGCGCAUAUGCAAAGGCAUCGACAGGGGGCACGGGGCAAUGCCACCACGUUCCUUUUGGAUUGGGAACAGUUGAUGCAACAAUUCCGUGCGUACGAGCACAACGUGGACCCGCACGGCGGGGCCGUACUGCCUCGGGCGGGUGAGGACUUACAAAAAUUCGUGUCCGUCCUUUUGAAGACCAAAGACGAGGAACUGGAUGCGACGGAUUUGACCAAGCUGAUUCAUCAGGCCCGCGUGCGACGGCGCGUGGUCGUGCGACUAAUAGAAGGCGCGUACAAUCGAGCGCAUCCAGCUUUUGGUCGCAUUGACAUUGCAACUAUGCGCAAAAGAGCGCAGGAGGUUCUGCCGGAAGACGGCGUGAUUCCGGAAGUGGUCGCGGUCCUGCCUAGCUCAGAGAAAGAAAUUCCAGUGGAGAAACAGAAAGUUGCGGCCCCCGUGGCUGCGCCGGCAACCGUGGAAGAAGCAGCAGUUGAACUGAGCCUGCGGCGACCCAACGCCGUAGUAUUGGAAAAGAGCUGUGUUGACGCGAUGGACUACGAGGCUCAACAACUGGCAGCCGUGCAGGCACUGGCAGACGUCGCUGCAGAAGAUAUGAUGGAGCAGAACAGCGAGCAGGAAGAUGGCCCUGCGCCGGAACAUGACGUGGUCUCCAGCAAUCAGCCGAUCGACCAAUUUGCGCCCUGGUACUUUGGCGUCGCUUUUGCCUACCUUUUCCAGUACUGCACAGCCAUGCCGGACCCACCGACAUGGGGCGCAUACAAAGACAGGCGAUGGCGACGCGAUGCAGACGCUCCACAGGUGCCUUUGCACGACUGGGUGCGACUCAUGUCGAGACGUGUGGAAAGUCAACUUGUGCGCGAUUGGACAUUCGGCUACACAACCUGGAAUGUGCUUUUCCGCUCCGCGGUGAAUUUGUCGCGCAGUGUCUAUGCGUAUGACACCCCUGUUCUACAGGAUAGUGGCGAAUGGAAAAGGUUAACGUCGGCCGACUUGGAAGAUGCGGCCGUUCAAAUUUUACGCGCUCUGCACGGCACGUACACAACACCCGACAACAGACAGUUGCCCGUGAACGGCAGCAUGACAUUGGUUAAGUACGCCUCAGGGCUCUCUGCCACAGCCCGACGCAUUGUGGCCAACUUGAACCACACCGCGCGGGCAGUGCCGGGCACGCAGGAAGCCCGCAGAAUCAUGCGUUUCGAAAUCCAAGGCAUGCGUGUGCGCUACGGCACUCCAAUUUUCGUGACAGUGACGCCGGAUGAAGGGCACCAGUUGCUCUACAUUCGUCUGGCACGACAUCGACAGAGCGACCCCAUCCGCCUGGCGGAGAGCAGCAUCGGCCAGCGGGCUGGCGACCGCCAAUGGCCCGGACUGACCGAGGACCUGGAUUUACAGUUGCCGGUCGAGUGCUUCGAGAUGCGACAUCCCAACUGGGAAGAGCGUCGACGAAUCUUGGCACGGGAUCCUCUGGCCACUGUGGACGGUUUCCGCAUGAUGAUGCUGCUGGUGAUGCGACAUCUGUUCGGCUUGAACGUCUGCCUGAACUGCCCCAGUUGCAACUGCCAGGCAACUCCUUGCCAAGACGUCGACGGCAGCAACGCAAGCGCAUUGGGCGGCGUGUUCGGCCGCUGCGAUGCGGCGUAUGUGGCGAUCGAAUUCCAAAAGUCCGCCGGUUCGCCGCACGGUCACGCCCAAUUGUUUGUUCAGUGCCUACAUCAACACGGUAGCUUGCAGGAGAUCUUUGCCGUUGCCGAAAGCAAAGCGGAGGAACUGCGUGAAGAGUAUCUGCGCUACAACGAACACGUCCGACGGUGCGUGUACGGUCGCGAGCCUGCGGAGCUUGAACGCAUCUUGCACGACGCGGAGGCGCGGUGGCCCGAAUACAAAACCGAGACGCACUUAAUUAAUCGACCGAGCUACCAGUCCACAGUCAUGGCUGACGAAGACGAGCAGACCGAAGCCAACCGUUGGGCGGACGCCUACCUGCGGGACGAUGUGUUUCGUUUGCAAGUCCUGAAGCAGCACCAUGUGCAUUUGCCAGACGAAGCAACUGGGGAGAGAAAGCCGCAGUCGGGCUGUUGUAAACCAGACAAUCCAAAGGUGUGCAAACACAACUACCCCAAGACGAACGAGAUCAGCGAUGAGUCCGCCGUGAUGUGUCCUUGCCGUUUGAAGGCCAUGGACUUGCCGACCUCCGGACGGCGCAACGCUUUGUGUUCCUUGCACGGCCCACGCGACGACGGGUAUCUGAAUGGCACGCAUCCAGCGCUCUUGGCCUUCGUGCGUUCCAACUGUGACGUGCAGCUACCAUAUCGUCUGCUGUACGCAUGCGCACUCUGUGCAAGCCCACUGGAGCCUGGCCAGGUGAAGGUCGUCAUCGCCAGCGCACAACGGGCGCAAGAUGCGCAAACGGGGUACUGUUGCGACUACUGUGCUAAAACACAGCCAAUGGCGUUCGGAGAACUGCGCGAACUGCAAAAAGGACACGAACGUUUGGCCGCCCAGACGCAAGCACGCGGUCUGGAAUACCAAGGUAAGCGACAUAUGACACGUUUUAUGUCCGAUGCCUACUGUAAAGGUGUGGUGCGUGGACAGGCUGAGUGUACUAACUUACGAGCCUUCUUCCAACAGAACGACGCCGCCUGCGCGGAAAGAAUCUGCACCACACAGUUCGUGAGAUUUCCCGGACAAGAUUAUUUGCGCUACGCCGAAACCAGCCUGACAGGCAGCACGGACAAACCGCGUCGCAUCACUGCCACAGCAUUGGGAAAGAAAGUUCAAGCACCGAGGCAGCGCCAAGUCGCCGAACGAGAUCAUGCAGAGUUCUAUGCUCGGCGACCGCGUGACAGUGCUUGCUGGUACCUGUCGCCUUACGAGUUCCAGUUGCGCUGGGAAGUCGUUCCGACCAGGGCGCCACGAACCUGGCAGGAGUGGUCGUCGAAACCUCGGCAAGCGUGGGACGUGGAACUGACAUCCGCAGGAGAAGUCAAACUGCAGGCAAACAGCGAUAAAGCAGUACGAUUAAUUCCAGGACAAGAUACGCGUCUGCGGUCCGACCUGCCGAAAGACGUCCUGCCUUUCGAAGAUUCGCCAGUCAACGUCCGCAUACGCGCAGCUUGGCUAUUGCGUCCACGACGCCGGCCACGUUGCCCGACAUUCGGCCACUGUCCUAUUCCCCGGUACAACCAAGACAGCGUAGAAAGCAAUUCGAGACUAUGCUUGGUGUAUUUCCGUGCAUGGACGGGGUUGCCGAACAACGCCGAUACAGAUGUUCCGCAUGUGGCAGACCUACUAGACAAUCACGAAACAUGGUGGCUGCAAGCCCUACCCUGCCAGGAGACGAAGAGGCACGUGGGCAACUUCUUGUCGGUCUAUCGCGUGCGCAGCGUCGUGCAGGACGCGGAAAACAGCGACAACGAUGACGCGGACACCGCUGGUGCCUGCGUAGAUGCCACGAACUUCCGUGCAACGCUACGUACGCGGGCGCCAAACAAGGGUGCGAAAGCAGCGUUGGAGGAGGACUAUGAAGACCUCGAACGCACGUGGACGACCAACAAAAGCACGAAGGCACGUGCAGAAACAUCCACAUUGACUAAAUUGCGUAGUGAAGAGCGUUUAGACGUUGAAGCCACUUUACGCGAGGCCCGACGCAAAGAAACUGCGCAAACCGGAGCCGAACAGCAGCCCGGGCAACGACACGCGUCUACGCGCCCGCGUGGCACGCAGGCUACCAUCGAGGCACUACUGCGCACCGAGCUGUUCGAAGGUAUCCUGGGUUGGCAAGCUGGCGUUCACUUCCAGACCACAGCACUACAAGCGGUCACAUCCGACAUGCUUGACGGCGACACGCUGCAUCAUUGUUUUGGAUUGACCUGGGGCAGCGGCACCACAGACCAGACUUCCCUUGCCAAAGCGCUGGAACUAGCCAAGCGACUGCUGCAAAUGCGAUGGUUGAUCAUCGACGAGAUCAGUAUGGUCAGCUUAGAGUUGCUGGCACGCGUGGAGCGCGCGUGCCGCCAACUGAUGCGCCAAGGCAGUCCUUUCAGGCAGUCACCGACAAGCAACAACGAUCGCCCCUUCGGUGGACUAAAUGUGCUCGUCGUCGGCGACUUGUGGCAGCUGGACCCACCGAAAGGCCAUUGCGUGGCUGGCUUGCCGCACGAGUGGCUGGGCACAACCAGCUCGAAACAACGUCUGCUUUUGGCGCAGGGCCAAGACCUCGUGUGGGGGAAACCUGAAUUCGGUUUUCAGGGUGUCACGGAGCUGAAGGAAUGUGAACGCACGAAAGACACCUGGCUGCAAGAUCUGCAAGAAGAGAACGCGCCUCCCGGCGCCUUUGUCGCAACCGGGCCCGACGACCCUCGGUUCCUGGGGCACUUCGUUGGCGCGCCGUCUGUGUUCGCUACAAACGUCCGCAAAUGUCACACGAACAAAGUCCGCGCAGAAGCUUUUGCAGGCCGCGCAGGGCGAGAGCUCCACUAUGUUGUUGCGCAAGACCGUGCGUCAGCGGCUGUGGUGCGAGAAAAACCGAAUCUAGCACAGGAGAAGCUAGCGUGGCUGCAGCGACAUGACCGGGAAUGCGGUGAGCUUUGUGGCAUGCUGCCGCUAUGUGAAGGCAUGCCGGUAUUCCUGGCGGAUCAUGUCAACCGAAAACGCAACUUUAAACUCCUGAAGGGCCGCAAAGGCUACGUCCGGGGCUGGCAGCAUGCGACGGACGGGGCAGUCCCUGCCGAGCCAGGUACGGUUGUUUGGAAUGAGUUACCGAAAGCUGUUCUAGUCGAGUUUCCCGGUGCGACGUUUCAGCUGCCGGGACUUGCCAAGGGCGUGUACCCGAUCACACCUCAGCGACGAACAUGGUUUCUGGACGAAGGUCGCAAGCGCCCUUGCUUGGCAGUAACACGCAAGCAGCUGCCGCUGCUGCCUGCGUUUGCCAUGACUGCGCAUCAAGCCCAAGGCCAAACGCUCGAGACAGGUGUUAUCGCAGACCUGAAUUACAAAGCUAUAAGCGGUGCUCUGACGGCCUACAUCGCCAUGACGCGGGUUCGAAAUAGGAAAGAUCUGCUCAUUCUCCGCGCUUUCGAAGCAGAGUUGUUUCAGCAGGGCGACCAAAGUUUUCGCAAGCUGUUGCUGCAGCACUGGCGCAGCCACGACGUGGAUUGGAACACGAUUGUCAAACGAUACAUACAGACCAGAGUGUGUUGUGAAUGCCGUGCAGAACGUCCAAAGCUAGCAUUCACGGCCGGGCAAUGGAAACGGACAGAUGCGGCGGUCUGCAAAGAGUGCGUGCAAACAUAUAGAGAACGCGGCACUCCGCACCGCUGCUGCCGGUGUCAGAGAUGGCAAGCUGCUGAGGCGUUCCCCGGCAAGCUUCUGAAUUUCCACGUCUGGCAGACGACGUGCCUCAUGUGCACAAAAAAACGCCAAUGUACCACGUGCGCCCACUGGUUUGAGGAAUCUGCGUACACUGCACACGGCUGGCGCACCAAGCGGGACCGUGUUUGCGCAGGUUGCCGCGUAGCACUGCACUUCCGACACAUCGGGCUGCGGUCUCGCGAUCGUCUCCGUCGCCGGGUCGAGAAGACGCGGCAGGAACGACGGAAACGCGUCCUGGAAGCUGUCCGGCAAGACAUCGAGGCAUGUCGGAAGAAAGGUCGCUUCGUGUGCGGUCGCUGUGGCGCGAAAAUUGAAGCGACAACCAAGCGCAGCAUCGAUGGCGACAUCAGCGCGGCAAAGACGAAAGGCUUGCUCUGUUGUGACACUUGCCGCAGCAUGCAGCAAGGGGCAGGGCCGAAGAGCUGGGCCUUCCUGACCAAUGUCGGGCCUUUCACGUACCAUUGCCCCACUUGCAGUGAAGCCGUCAGAUCCACGGUGCGAGACGGCAAAGUGGAUAAUCGUCAGAUCUGCGGCCAUCGGUUUCAGGUGAGAGACGGGCGCGUGGUCGCAGCAGAUGCUAAGCGCAGGAUUUGCACUUACGAGUGUCCCCAUUGCCAGGCGCGAGUUGAGUCGUCGACUAGGAACGGACGCAUCGACAACCGACGUCACUGUGGACACCAGUUUACCGUCGCUGCGGGCACGGUGGUCGAAGAACGUACCAGAGACGCGAGAUACACAUACGUAUGCCCACAUUGCCAAGCAAAAGUUAAAUCGGCAACCAGAGACGGACGCAUCGACAACCGACGCCACUGUGGACACACCUUUACCGUCGCUGCGGGCACGGUCGUCGACGAAUGUAAAGGAGACACGACAUACACAUACGUAUGCCCGCAUUGCCAAGCAAAAGUUAAAUCGGCAACCAAAGACGGACGCAUCGACAACCGACGCCACUGUGGACACACCUUUACCGUCGCUGCGGGCGCGGUGGUCGAAGAAUGUAAAGGAGACACGACAUACACAUACGUAUGCCUGCAUUGCCAAGCAAAAGUUAAAUCGGCAACCAAAGACGGACGCAUCGACAACCGACGCCACUGUGGACACACCUUUACCGUCGCUGCGGGCGCGGUGGUCGAUGACUCUAAGGGAAACACGUCAUACACAUACGUAUGCCCACAUUGCCAGGCAAAAGUCAAGUCGGCAACCGGAGACGGACGCAUCGACAACCGACGCCACUGUGGACACACCUUUACCGUCGCUGCGGGCGCGGUGGUCAUGUCGCAGGAGUAA